UCAUCUCACCCCUAACCAGGUUCGUUAAAAGAGGUGCAAGGCAACAGAGCAAGCACGCGCUUCACGUGCAACGAGCUGCGUUGUUGAAGAGUCCUUGUUUCGAUCAAGUCCUUGGAGCAGCAGGAGGACUGUGUGCAGCUGCCGAUCUAGUCUCUUCCUCCUUCUGUCUCUCUGUGAAUCUCUGUCCCUACCUCGCUGGUGCUUGCUUGGUCGUGAUGGCGAGGCGAGGGUUCGCCGCUCCGGCACAGCGAUUCGCGCUGUUGGCCGCAGUGCAGGUGGCGCUGGUUCUUCUAGCUCUCGGCUAUGGCUGUCAAAUGGCGUCUGCUCGCCGCGUCACUGCUGAACAACGGCUGGCGGCGGCCAUCAACUCUACCGCUAAGGCAACGCGUCCCGUUGUGGUGACCAUCACUGAGGACAUCGUGCUCACGCGAUCGCUGCCAUUGAUUCUCGGUCCUAUCGUCAUCAAGGGAGGGUGUGGUCGGCGCAAAUGCGUCGUKGAUGGUGCGGGCAAGUACGGCAUUUUCCAGGCCUAUGCACUGCCCCCUCUGUGCUCGGUGACCAUCGAGAACUUGAUCUUGCGCAAUGCUGCGCAAGGAGCUGUCUACUCCAAGUGCGACCUGAAGCUGAGGCGUGUGGACUUCACGAAGAACAAGGGAGCGAGCGCCGCCGCGGUUGGCAAUGGACAGGCSUCGUGGCACAUCGARGAYUGCUUGUUCGAGAAGAACAGCGCGUCAGGUGCCGGCGGUGCGCUUUACGUCAGCGCUGCCGGKAGGGGGAGAGUCGUCCGUACCACGUUCAGGUCGAACAGGGCGGGACAGGAUGGUGGAGCCGUGUACAUCUACGGACAGAUGACCGGUUCUUACGUCUUCGAUCGCGUGACCCUGGACUCGAACGCGGCUGCAAAGAGUGGCGGCGGACUGUUCGUAGUCGGGACAGCGUCGGGUGCUCCGAAGGUGUUCGUCUCCGGAUGCAAGUUCUCGAAGAACGUGGCAACGGGCGGCCCUGGCGGUGCGCUGGCGCUCAGCGCAUCGGUGGAUGCCCGAAUUUGUCACACCUCCAUCGUUGGGGGCCGGAACGCAGCGAAAGGCGGGAAAGGCAACGACGUCGCUCUGUUAGACGGCAACUAUCACCCUCAAAUGACAGUCUCAUUCUGUCCCAGAAAGCCUUCUGGUCUUUCCCUGUUCGUCACUCGCGUUCCCAAACUCCCGGUCGUUAGCCAGAACUGCUGGGUCUGUGCACUCCCACGCUAAGGACAUUUCUUCGAACGACGCUAUAGUCGAUUUCCUCCAUGAUUCUGUUGGGUCAACCUGGCUGUGUGCGUGUGUGUGUGCGUGUGUGUGUGUGGUGUGUGUUUUCUUUCAGUUUGCCUCGCACACUGCUUAUCAAUGCAGUGCUAUCGUUUUCUUUGUCAGACUUGACGGCUCUGUUGGUCAGUCUGUCAAUUUAUCUAUAUAUUUGUGACAGCGUGUCUCACGGACUCUCACUCCGUUGCUUUGGCGGCGGACACGCACGGAUCGUUCGCUGAGAGUGUCCACAACAAGUGUAGUGACGGCUGAAGAAAAAAGGAAAAGGGAGACGUUAUUACUGCUAGGAUCACUCAAGAAAGCUCGCGGUGUGAGAGACCGUGUGCGCUUCGUCGCCUUGCGGCGGUUCAUUAGGACAGGCAUCUGUUGCGCGUGAUGGCUCGGGAGGAGGCAGGCGGUACUAUCUUUCGAUUGGCCUGAGGGUUGAGCAUUAGCAGCAGAGUCUCGGAAGUUUCUGGCACUCGAAAUUGAUAGAGGAUUUUCAGGUGGGAACAGCCUGUGGAAUCCUCGACGUUCCUGUGACAGCAAAUCGUAACUGAUUCAUGUGCUGCAAAAGACGGAAUAUUCUUUGUGAG